AUGAAAGCAAUUUCCUUGUUCCUAUUACUGUUUCUCACUGAGAUACCUUAUGGUACUAUAGUUGAGGCGCGCUUCACGCAUUUAAAUCCGGAACCAUUCAACCUUGGUGUUCGAGUUCUUCGGCCUGUGUACGCAAUCGUUCCAGUGACUAGGGAUGGCGUAAGGAAUGUUACCGUAGUGAUGACAAUAUGGCUGAAGCGAGUCGGAGCUGCCAACGGGGUAUAUGAUAUGCCGCAUCAGUCCCAGGCUGAGCAUUUUCGUACCCGCUCCCUCAUGCAAACCCGCCGUGGCUAUGGUUAUGUUUGGGAUAACGUCCACAGUCGUGGGUUUCCGAGGAACUGGGUAUUGCCCAAGAUGUGGGGGUGCCUCUGCUGUGGGAUGCACGCAGAAGCAGACCUGAAGGGGACGCCUCCUGACGCUUGGAAGGAUGCCAUACGGAUGACGGUUUGGGUCGACAACCCUGUAAACCUGUUUCAACGAACAAACGGUCACCUUUUGCUGCCAACGGAGCAUGACAAGUGGUCUCCUACAUUCCACCUUGAGACAACGCACCCCGGGCCAUUGCUGCCCGUUGUGAUGGAGACAGGCGAUUACCACUACCGGCGUGUCUGGGGAGUUGGGCAACGGCCGUACUCGUUCCGUGUCAACCUAACUGCCGGCACCGGGGAUUGCUUUAAGAUCGUUGAGGCUAGUUAUCCCAUGCACAAGAACACAUUCUGCCUUCCACCCGCAGCAUUUGACAGUGUAUGUUCCACUCUAGCACCGGCCCAUAUCUACACGAACGAGGAGCCAGCGCUGUACACUGUCGUAGGGCCUAUACGACAUCCAGAAUCUAGCCGGGAUUGGUCGGGCUACUACUCCAAGGUCUCGGGGAUGGUAGUAAACUACGUGACGUACCACGUGGCUAUGGGUUCGUCGGGGCUGUUGCUAUAUGCAGAUGAGAUGAUGAGGAAACACUUCGGGGCGAAUCAGGAGCUGCUGGGGCUUAUGGAAAAAGGGUAUCUCAGGCUGAUCGACUGGGACCUGCCCGAGCGUGCACACAACGAUACAGAUGGUGUGGGACGACCGCUGGGCUACAACUACGACCAGGGACUUGUCUCGAAUCACAUCCUGCUCGCGCUGUCAUCGUGCGGUGCCAACCUGCUCGUCCUGAUCGGUGACCUGGACGAGUUCAUCUACUUCCCCAAGCCGGGCCGCAGGUGGCCCAAGCCCUGGAUGCGGUGUAUGGGAGGCGGUGAGGGCUCCCCCUUAGAACCCAUAACAGUCCAUCGAAUUCACCGGUUUAAUGCCGCCACCACGAAGUUCAACCCAUCAUACGAACCAACGCUGUGGACUAUCCCGGGCACUCUCAACGCGCGAAUCAACAGCAAUGGUACCAUCGAGACCGUUCCUAAGGGUGCCGUGCCGCAUCCGCUGGUGCAGUACGAUGUGCUGGGCACCCAGCCACUGCCCAUUAACCAGGUCAAGCAAGCAUCCCUACCUGCCGCUUGGAUUGUACUGUUUUGGGUACACGAGGGCGUGCCGCUGUACGGCAAGGCCAAUAUGGUUAAUUUCAAGUGCGUGUCGAUCUUGCACAUACCCAAUGAGUUUCGGGGCCGCUACAGCGCUGUGGAUGACAAAUCAUUGGGAUCCGGCAUGCGUUAUUUCCGGCACUGGAUGUUCUUGACGCCGAACAGCACAAAUGCGUCAUUGUGGGAGCCGUAA